AUGGACUCGUCAAGGGAAAUUGGUCCCAACGCAGUACCGGGCUUCUGCAGUGUAUAUGUGGCAAAUAUACCUCCCUCGGUAGAUAGUGUAAAGUUAAAAGUUUUUUUUUCUUCUGCUGGAAAGGUUCUUCAUGUCAAACUUCUGCUGGACAUCGCAACAGGCAUGUCGCGCGGGGUUGCUUUUAUUAUGUUUGAGAACAUUUAUGUUGCGAAAAGAGUUUGUGAAAUCAUGAAUCGUGCGGUUUUGGAUGGAAGUGUGCUUCAGGUAAGGCUUUCUGAGAGAAGUACCGGAAAUUCCUGUGUUAAUUCUCAUGUCAACACAAACAUUGUUUACAUACGUAACGUGCCUGGAAUUGUUGCUUUGAAAGAUAUGCAAAGCUAUUGUGAAUGCAAUUUUGGACCCGUGGUAAGCGCGUCGCUGCAUCCGCAAUCGUGUUUGCUUGGAGGACAAUCGCCCUAUAAUAUGGUCUUUGUGCAGUUUGUGCAUAUUUCUGAUGCGUGUCAAUGUGUGGAAUCAAUGGAUGGAAAGGCCCCUUUUCCAUUUCCUUAUUUGCCACAUCCUUUUGUUGUGGCAAAGAUGAUUGAGGAUGUGGAGGUUGAAAAACGGAAAUCCAUCAUUCUUCGCUCGCGCAAUCCGACGUCUAGCCCCACGUUGACGUACACACCAAUCCUGGCCCAGGGCAAGGUGACCCCUCCGGUGUACGUGGAUUCAACGGGUGUGAGUACAGUGAUUUGUGAUGCACCAUCUCGGUUUAUCGCCCCCGGACCUGUUGUUCCACUUGUUGUUGCAUAUCAGCACAGAGAAAACAAUCUCCAGUUUUUCCCUGCCUUGGUAAGUCCCCCUGAAGCGGCUCUUGCACCCCAGGCGUUUCUCCCCCCAGCACAUGACCCUCAACGGCUCUUCUUUGCUUCGAGCCACGGGUAUCCAAUGCUCCUGUGA